CCAGAACAUAAAUAUCCUAUCACGAUCCCGUCUCUACCCAACUUUUCUCUCACCUCAUCACGCACCAUCAGCUUCACUUCGCCUUCGACAGCUAGUCUCUCGCCCUUUACAACUCUUAGCAGCCUCGGCUCAUUUCAACGCUCGCUCAGCAUUUCCAACUUGUCCAACACCCUUCACCUCAACAACAACCCCCCAACCUUCACAAUGCAGGCCAAGAUCGUCGCCCUCUCCGCCAUUGCCGCGGUCGUCAACGCUGACCUCCGCCUCAACACCAACGACAUCCCCUCCGACUGCACUGCCAUCUGCCGCCCCAUCCGCGACCUUGGCAACAUCUGCACUGUCAACUUCAUCCCCGGCCAGACCAACAACAACAGCGACCAGCUUCAGGAUGAGCUUGACGCCCAGUGUGUCUGCACCAACAGCUCGUUCGAUGUUAAGAACCUGGCUGCUCAGUGCUCCUCUUGCAUGAACGAGAAGGUUGCCAGCGACCAGCAGCGUAGCCUUGAGGGUAUCAACUCCAUCAUGAGCCAGUGCGGCUUCCAGUCCACUUCCUACGCCUCCUCCGCCACCUCUUCCGCCAACACCGUCAUUGUCUUGGCCACCCGCCUGACUGCCAGCUCUCAGCUGACCACCACCAUCGGCGGCGGUGCCACUCCCGCUCCUACCUCCGAGCGCUCCCGCACCUCCGAGGCUCGCACCACCACCUUCCUCACCUCCAACGGUGGCGGCUUCCCUUCCAUCGCCACCUCCACCAUCGGUGGUGGCCGCGAGACUGGCUCCCCCAACGCCGCUGCCGGCGUCGUUGCCCCCGGCAGCAACAGCGUCCUCGGCGCUGCUGGCCUUGCCGUUGCUGGCGCCUUCGCCCUUGGCGCCUUCAUGCUCUAA